GCAUGGUUCGGUCCGGGGCUGCUCUGUUUGAAGAGGCUCUCAGCUAAUUUCCGGCACGAUUUUUCAGUGAUUGGACCGAUGCUGUUGCCGACGCGCUGCGCGCACUGCAGCAGCUGGACUUCGCGCGAUUUUACGAUUUUCAUGCCUACGCUUUGCAGUCUGGAGCGCCGGAUGGGCGCUCUUGGGCCAGACGUGCAGGCGUUGUGGAUGAAGUCGCCGAUGCACGCUUCCGCGGCACAUCAGCACAAGCCGUCCACCUCGGAGCUGGCGGCCCAAAAUCUCGUCGAUUGGGGGGUCGGGCCGCAGCGGCACGAGGAGCUUUCGGCCCUGGUCCAGCACCCUUUUGCGCGCGACCCGCUGGUGGAGUCGGACCUCCAGUUUGUUGUCGACGCGUAUGUCGCGAAUGGGCCGCGUAUCGAAUCCCUGCGCCGUGCCCGAUUGCGGCUUGUGCUGCGUGUCGCUCGGAUUUUGUCGCCCCUCGACGAGCGCGUUUUGGCCCAGAGGCACGUGCGUUUGCAGGGUGCGCCUGGCGUCCGACCCGUGCACAUAGCUUUUAUGGUCGCUCUGAUGGGUUGGCCCGACAAAGGCCUGCCGUCGCGCCCGGCACUCGGCUUCGAGCUCGCAGGCGCUAUCCCCCCGUCUGGUAUCUUGCGCCCUAUUGCCACGAAACACAUUGGCAAGGGCCCCGAACCAGAAGCUGGGGAAGAGGUUUUUGGUGGCGAUGCUUGUCGGUGCGUUGCGGCAGUUGAGGCCAUGCGCCAUCCGUCCAAAAACGUUGGUGCCACCUGGGAUCUUACGCUUGCCGAGAUCUCCGAAGGCAUAGCGGACCCGAUGCGCACCAAGGACGAGAUGGACAGCCUGCACGGGGCAGGCAGAUGGCGCCCGCUGGUCCGCCAUGUCAUCUGGCAGGCGGACAAAUGGCGGCCCAUCGAUGACGGAAAACGCUCCCGCACGAACGCGCUGUCCUCGACUCACGAAACGGCGGUGUGCAUCCCGCCGGAGUUCGUCAUCAUACUCUUGAAAUGCAUGGCCCUGUCUUUCAUCAAGGCGUCCGGUGGCAUUCCGCCCUGGUUCAAGCCUAUGGUGUCGCUCGAAGAUUGGUGGAAAGGCUACCGACAGCUCUUCCCGACGAGCGAACACAUGGGGUUGGCAGUAGUCGCUGUCAUGUGCCCCGAGACGCGGUCGUGGCUGUACGCGCAGCUUCGCGGGCUCCCUUUCGGCUUGGGCUCCGCCGUCAAUCAAUUCACUCGCGCGGCCGGGUUUGUGACGGCGCUCAAUCGCCGGAUCUUGCUAACGCUCACAGGCCACUACGCCGACGACAGCCCCACCGUAGAACUCAGCUGCUUGGCGGGCCUGCGCUGGUCAGCGUCCAACAUCGUGCAGGAGUCUGCAGUGUGCAGCGGAGGUAAAUAUUCCGCUAGCAAGCACUGGCCGCCGUCUUUCAUGUUCAAUUUUCUGGGCCACCUCCAUGAUCUCGUGCGCACGUGUUAUGCGCUGGGUGCCACGUGGGGCCCGAAAUUGCACACCCGCGAGCGCCUGGUCGAGAUGUGCAUGGCCGCGGUCCAGUCGGGGCGCCUCUCCUCUGGGACUGCGGCAAAAAUGCGCGGCUUGGCAACGUGGAUGGACGCGGCUCUCGCGGUGCGCGUCUACACCGACGCAGCUGCUGACGCAGACCGCGUUCGGCUGGGCGCCAAAGUGAUUCUCCCCGAUGGCCGCACGUUCGUGACUGUGUUGGAUGCGGACCAGUGCCUUCGCGAGACCUGGGGCCCGCAAGACACAGUCAUCAAUCAGGCAGAGCUCCAACGUGGCGCCCUCGUGGCGGCCACUUUUGCCAAAGAGUUGCGCGGCCAAGAUGUCAUUUGGCGGGUGGGCAACACUUCUGCAGCCACGUCGCUGGUCAAAGCCGGCUCUCCGACAGCCACGAUGCGCCGCUUGGCGCUACAGGCGUUGGCACUGCUGGCGGCCUUGGGUUGCAGAUGCUGGUUCGAUCACGUCCCCAGCGCCGACAACCCCGCGGACGCAUUGUCCCGGGACGCGUUGGACGACCCCACC